CCAGGUCGUGCUAUCGACGACGGUGAACGUUGAUGGGCACGUGCUGGCGGUGUCUGACAACAUGUUUGUUCACAACAACUCCAAGCACGGGAGGAGAGCGAGGAGACUCGACCCCUCGGAAGCCACCCCCUGCAUCAAAGCCAUCAGCCCCAGCGAAGGGUGGACCACGGGGGGAGCGAUGGUCAUCAUCAUCGGGGACAACUUCUUCGAUGGGCUGCAGGUGGUGUUUGGGACCAUGCUGGUGUGGAGUGAGCUCAUCACCCCUCACGCCAUCCGCGUCCAGACGCCUCCCCGCCACAUUCCCGGCGUGGUUGAAGUGACAUUAUCCUACAAAUCCAAACAGUUCUGCAAAGGGGCACCAGGCAGGUUUAUUUACACAGCUUUAAAUGAACCUACCAUAGAUUAUGGCUUCCAGAGACUGCAGAAGGUCAUCCCAAGACAUCCUGGUGACCCUGAAAGACUAGCUAAGGAGAUGCUGCUGAAACGAGCUGCUGACCUGGUGGAGGCCCUGUAUGGGACACCCCACAACAACCAGGACAUCAUCCUGAAGAGAGCGGCCGACAUCGCCGAGGCCCUGUACAGCGUUCCCAGGAAUCCUGCCCAGAUCCCGGCCCUGUCCAGCUCCCCUGCCCACAGCAGCAUGAUGGGCAUCAACUCCUACGGCAGCCAGCUGGGGGUCAGCAUCUCCGAGUCCACCCAGGCCAACAACCAAGGUUACAUCCGCAACACCAGCAGCAUCUCCCCCCGGGGUUACUCCUCCAGCUCCACCCCUCAACAGUCCAACUACAGCACCUCCAGCAACAGCAUGAACGGCUACAGCAACGUGCCCAUGGCCAACCUGGGCGUGCCGGGCUCGCCGGGCUUCAUCAACGGCUCUCCCACGGGAUCCCCCUACGGAUUGAUGUCCUCGAGUCCCACAGUUGGCUCCUCCAGCACUUCUUCCAUCCUUCCAUUCUCCUCCUCCGUCUUUCCUGCUGUCAAACAGAAGAGUGCCUUUGCUCCUGUCAUCAGACCCCAAGGGUCUCCUUCCCCUGCCUGCUCCAGUGGCAAUGGAAAUGGGUUCAGAG